CAGUCGCAAUCCUUUGUCCUGUCGAACAAGAUUCGAUUACUAUCAGUAGUACAAGUCACGCUUCGCACUUGACAAUACUAUACUAUUCUCCCGAAUACGUACUUGACCACUUGACCAAUAUGCCGAUGAAGCUUGAAGGCAGUUGCCAGUGUGGCAGCGUUGAGUUCACACUCGAAUCCUCAACCCCAGUUCCCUAUCAACUAUGCGCCUGUAGCAUUUGCCGGAAGGUCGGCGGAUACAGUGGCAGUGUCAAUCUGGGCGGUAUUGCCGAUAGUCUGGAGAUCAAGAAGGGAAAGGACUUGAUCAAGAAAUAUUCCGCCGUCAUGGCCAGAGGCACACCGGAUGAGAAGAUCUGUGCGUCGGAGCGGAAUUUCUGUUCCAAUUGCAGCACCAUGCUUUGGCUGUGGGAUCACCAUUGGCCGGAGCUCAUUCAUCCUUUUGCUUCGGCCAUUGACACGGAACUGCCGGUCCCUGAUGAGAUGGUCUGCAUCAUGGAGAGCUCUAAGCCGGCUUGGGUGCGAUGGCCAGAGGGCAAGAAGCAGGUAUUUGAUGGUUACCCGGAGCAUAGCUUGGAAGACUGGCACAAGAAGCACGGAUUGUUCUUCGAGUAGGUGACACUUCAGGUGGCGAUGAUACGAAGUUUUACGAGAUGGGGACUAUGUUUUACAGAAAAGUGGGAGCAUUGUUUGGAGACUUGAACUCAAUAUCAUUAUCAUUAUCAUUAAAGUAGCUAUCCAUAGGCGAGUGACCUGCACAAUGCAAUGUUAGCAGCUGUAUAAACAGACACUGAUGCAUAAAUGUGUAUGGGUGAGAAGUUCAGGUCUCCAAGGUGAAUCUUUGUUGUUUCGUCAAGGUGGUUCGGUAAGAACACAGCGAUUUAAGAAUUCAUCAUGCAAAAAUGAAGAAAACACGACAGGGAACACUCACACUUUGGAAGCUUAAAGAAAAAUCUACAAGAUGUUCCCUAUUACUUUUCGACAAAGUUAGCAUCACAUGCAAGACAUAGCAUGAGUGACACAAGCAUUGAGAUGUCAACGAAGUCAGGCUAUGGAACA